AUGGACGCCUUGGUCGAGGACUCGGACAGACUCUUUCCUGAAGUCUUUGCGCAUCUCGCAGCAGUCGAAGCACAACCAGCCUUGCCACUGGAUGAGGAACUCCUGAAACGUGCAGAAAGAAACCUCACUCCUACCUCACCAAAAGACCUGUUAUGGCGGGUGCUGGGUACGGGUGAAGAGCUACUGCAGACGCUCCAACAAGACCCUCGACCGCUUACUCGACUACUGGAGCGGGUCAUCUCCCUAUUGCCAUUUGACGAGCUCAGAUCAACCAUAUCCGCGGAGAAGCUCCAAGAAGGCCUGACUUCGCCUUCAGUUGCGAUACAGUUACUUUGCCUAGCAUACCUGCGGAAAGCUGCGGACUCACCCAGCGGCGCCUCUUUCGUUGCGACCAGUUCAAGUCUUGUUCAAUGUCAGUUCACAAUCUGGCUGUCGUCGGAAAGCGCCGAGGUCGCAGAACGUUCGCUAGAGGUGAUUGAAGCGUUGCUUGCCGUCGACAGCGAAAAUAGUACAACGGUGCUAUCUGCGGGUCGUAGCUUUUCUGAAGCACAAGGACAAGGCCUGCUUUGGCGCAGGGUAUUCCACGAUCCUGACGUGUACAUGAUCCUGUUCGAAUGGACUUCACUAACCAAAUCGAAACGAGACGUCAAAACCAAGAAGGGGAUGCAGCUCGUCACGAUUUCCCAAGCACGCUUGUUCGACUUCAUCGCGAGAGUGGCACCCUACGACUGGAAUGCGGUAACGACUUCUUCCUUGGCUCAUAUCGAGGCUCAGUUCUUGAGAGACAAUGGUGGCAGUGAGCCCUACGGGGGCAUCCUUCGAUAUGCUGCUUCACACAUGAUUGACAAGGAAGAUAUUCUGAUGGAGGUGCUACGUCAAGAUUUCUUCGUCAAGUUACUCGGAGUAGUAGAGGAGAGCAACAGGCACAAUGUAUCUCCCCAGCUACUUGAGGCAAUCCAACAAGGGGCCGGGGUUACGGCAACGCAAGAUGGAGAAAGUGGUGGCCUCCACCUCUAA